AUGGCCUCGGAGUCGGUGAAGGUGGUGGUGCGCUGCCGCCCCAUGAACCAGCGGGAGCGGGAGCUGAACUGCCAGUCUGUGGUGACGGUGGACUCCGCGCGCGGCCAGUGCUUCAUCCAGAACCCCGGCGCCGCCGGCGAGCCCCCCAAGCAGUUCACCUUCGACGGCGCUUACUACAUGGACCACUUCACCGAGCAGAUCUACAACGAGAUCGCCUACCCGCUGGUGGAGGGCGUCACUGAGGGCUACAACGGCACCAUCUUUGCCUACGGCCAGACAGGCAGCGGGAAGUCCUUCACCAUGCAGGGCCUGCCGGACCCGCCCUCCCAGAGAGGCAUCAUCCCCAGGGCCUUUGAGCAUGUUUUUGAGAGCGUCCAGUGCGCGGAGAAUACCAAGUUCUUGGUCCGGGCCGCCUACCUGGAGAUCUACAACGAAGAUGUUCGUGACCUGCUGGGGGCGGACACCAAGCAGAAGCUGGAGCUGAAGGAGCACCCGGAGAGGGGCGUGUACGUGAAGGGGUUGUCCAUGCACACAGUGCACAGCGUGGCCCAGUGUGAGCGCAUCAUGGAGACAGGCUGGAAGAACCGCUCGGUCGGCUACACACUGAUGAACAAGGACUCCUCGCGCUCCCACUCCAUCUUCACCAUCAGCAUCGAGAUCUACGCUGUGGAUGAGCGGGGCAAGGACCACCUCCGGGCAGGCAAGCUGAGCCUGGUGGACCUGGCGGGCAGUGAGCGGCAGUCCAAGACCGGUGCCACGGGGGAGCGGCUCAAGGAGGCCACCAAGAUCAACCUGUCGCUGUCAGCGCUGGGCAACGUCAUCUCGGCCCUGGUGGACGGGCGCUGUAAGCACAUCCCCUACCGCGACUCGAAGCUGACGCGGCUGCUGCAGGACUCCCUGGGCGGCAACACCAAGACACUGAUGGUGGCCUGCCUGUCACCCGCGGACAACAACUACGACGAGUCCCUCAGCACGCUGCGCUACGCCAACCGAGCCAAGAACAUCAAGAACAAGCCACACAUCAAUGAGGACCCCAAGGACGCUCUGUUGCGCGAGUACCAGGAGGAGAUCAAGAGGCUCAAGGCAAUUCUGGCAGAGCAGAUGGGCCCCAGCACCCUGUCAGCCCUGCUAACCAGUCAGGUGCUUCUGCACCCUGUCAAGCUUGAGGAGAAGCCGCUGCCCCCGCCUGUGACCCAGCACGACACGGAGGCUGAGAAGCAGCUGAUCCGGGAGGAGUACGAGGAGCGCCUGGCCCGGCUGCGGGCCGACUACGAGGCAGAGCAGGAGUCCCGGGCCCGGCUGGAGGAGGACAUCACUGCCAUGCGCAACUCCUACGACGUGAAACUGUCCACGCUGGAGGAGAGCCUGCGUAAGGAGACAGAGGCUGUCCUGAAGGCAGAAGUCCUCUACAAGGCCGACGUCACGUCCAGGGCCGAGUUUGCCAGCCUGUCGGAGUCCUCGCCCGUUUUCCAGUACGAGGCAGCUGUGAAACCUGAGGUCUGCUCCGCCGCCGGCUCGCCCCUCGGCCAGGGUGGCUCCAAGCCUGGGCUUCCUUCCCGGACGGACUGUCUGCCCAGGGCAGAGGCCUCCCGGUCUGAGAUUUCUCUGGGGUCUGAUGAGUCGUCCACACUCGAAGAGACCUCCAUAUCCGAGGCCUUCCCUGGGUUCAAGGAGCCCUCCAACCUGGAGCUGUCCUCUGUGCCUGAGGUGGAGGCCAAGGGCACAUACUUCCUGGGGGAGGAGCCCUUCCUGCAGGAAGAGGAGCCCCAGCUGAUGCCCCUGAAGCUGCUGCCAGGCCUGCACGACCCAUUUGCCGAGGUGGAAGCCAAGCUGGCCCUGCUUUCCUCCACCGUGGCCCGGGUGGACGUGGCCCGGGCAGACGCACCCCGGGAGGACGCAGCCAAGGUCCCCGUGCAGUGCCCCUCUAGGACAGAUGUCCUGGAGCCCGGCGACCUCAGGUGCGAAGCUGAGGCAGAGGGCGACCUCCCGCCUGGGACUGAGGUUGACCUGGGCCCAGAAGUUGCCAAAGAGGUGGUGUUGGCCACAGGUCCUGGUGUGGAGCCCGAGCCUGAGGCGCAGCCCCUUCCGGCCAUGACAAACUUGAAAAGGGACAGUGUGGGAGUGGAGGUGGCAGUGCUGACCAAUGACCUGACGCCCAUCGUGGACCAGCAGCAGGUGCUUGCCCGUCUGCAGCUGUUGGAGCAGCAGGUGGUCGGUGGGGAGCAGGCCAAGAACAAGGACCUGAAGGAGAAGCACAAGCACCGGAAACGCUACGCAGACGAGCGCAGAAAGCAGCUGGUGGCGGCCCUGCAGAACUCGGACGAGGACAGUGGGGACUGGGUGCUGCUCAACGUGUACGACUCCAUCCAGGAGGAGGUCAGGGCCAAGAGCAAGCUGCUGGAGAAGGUGCAGAGGAAGCUUCGGGCAGCAGAGGUGGAGAUCAAAGACCUGCAGUCGGAGUUUGAGCUGGAGAAGAUCGAUUACUUGGCCACCAUCCGCCGGCAGGAACGCGACUUCAUGCUGUUCCAGCAGCUCCUGGAGCAGGUGCAGCCCCUGAUCCGCCGCGACUGCAACUACAGCAACCUGGAGAAGAUCAGGCGGGAGGCCUGCUGGGACGAGGACAGCGGCUUCUGGAAGAUCCCCGAGCCUGUCAUCGUGAAAACCAGCCUCCCAGUAGUUUCAACAGGCCCACAGAACAAACCGGUCCACAAAACCUCUGCAGCAGACAACGGCGGCGAGCCUGGCACGGAAGAAGACCGUUACAAGGUGAUGCUCAGUCGGAGCGACAGUGAAAAUAUUGCCAGUAACUACUUCCGGCCCAAGCGGGCCAGCCAGAUCCUCAGCACGGAUCCCAUGAAGAGCCUCACAGGUCACAGCUCACCACCAGGCCUCAGCUCCCCACUCAACAACAGCUCUGCCAUCCCCCCUGCCCAGGCCCCCGAAAUGCCCCAGCCCCGGCCCUUCCGUCUUGAAUCCCUUGACAUCCCCUUCACCAAGGCCAAGCGUAAGAAAAGCAAGAGCAGCUUUGGCAGUGAGCCCCUGUGA